GAAGGUGAGUUUGCUAGGGUCGUAAGGCCUAAAGUGCUCACGUUCCCCGAUAUUUAUAGGAGGCUGCGUGGGACCGACAUAAGCCGUAUACAUCGGCGCGUAAAGGUGUAGUCGUGUCCGUCUGCAGUUGUGUAGUCUCUCUACGGAAUUGUCCAUGUCAUCGGUAGAUAAAGUGCUCUGCCGCAUGCAGCGUUGCACACAUUUUUUGCGGGGUCUCUGCCUAAGCCUACGGUAUUUCUUGUGCUGCUAUCCAAUCCCUUUUACGUGGGGUACGAGAAACGCCUUUGAAUGUCUUCUGGCUGUUUUGCUUCGAUGAUGGCAGCUUCUUGUGCUUGCCUUUCGCUGGAUAGUGUCAUUGUGGGGAGGGUGUUGACGACUAGUUCAGAGAUCUGCUGAGAGGCGUACGAAGAAACGGUGAUUCGAAUCGCGUCCGAUUCCUUUUUGUAGAUAUCCGUUCCAAGCUGUACGUGCUUCGAGAAUUGAAUUUACGAUGUGCUCAUGCGAGGAUUGAUACUGCACACCGGGCAUCCGAUGAUGACCGAGCUGCGAGAUUGCAGAGAGCCCUUCGUUCCAAGCUUUAUUCGUCCUGUGGAUCUGCGCGGACCUCAACUGUUGGCCAACGACGUGCAGUGAGCAAGGUGGGCACUCUGCCAGGUGCCAGCCAACUGCAAUGGUCGCGUUGUAAAUGUCCCGUGGUCACGGGUUCUUUCCGUUGCUCAGACGUUGAAAGAUGCAUAUCUUGGUUGACGUGGGAGCGGUAGUGCGCUCGUUGACUUCCCCUGCCGUGUCCUGCCGUGUCCUGCCGUUCUUGUGUGGCCUUUCACGUCAUCCGAUGGAGUUCCGACACCUUGCAGCGACAUGUCGAAAGUUGUUGUUGAAAUACCAACUCGAGUGACUCUUGCUGCCGCUUUGACUGCGUGCCUUGCAAGUCACGCUGCAUUGCUCGUGGAUCAUGAUAUCGUUACUGUUUGCUUCCAUUUGCAUUUUGUACAAGGGAAUCCUUUCUUGUCACCUCCCCUCCUUCGUGCACACAUGCACACUGGCGUUCACACGAUAUUGUAGAAGACAAGUGAGCCAAGGCACCGCAGGGACUUGUCUUCAAAUGAUGAACCGCUUAGCUCAAACCAAAGUUUUGAUCUCUACAGCCCAUACAUCAUCUGCUACACUACCACUGCUGCUAUACUUUUUAUAAAGAGAGGAGGAGUGCACAUGCGCAGCUUUAAUCGGUGCUCCAAGUGUGUGAGUGCAUUCAUUGCUGUGCCUUUGACUGCAUUGCUGCAAAAAGUUGCCUCAGGGUAUAGUAGUCCAGCAGUAGUGGAUCAUAGUCUAGGAAUGUUGUUUGUUCUGUGGCUCCCCACCGGGUAGAUGCAGCUCAUAUGUUGUUUCACCUUAAAGGGUCACCGAGUGCAGUUUCAGAUGCUCCUUCGAGAAGAUGCCCACAUUGUGUCAGAGGCGGUUUGUGGGGAGUAAGCUGCGACUCUUGCCUAAAGGGCAACUUCCGGGGCAAGCGCUACAAGUGUCUGAUCUGCUAUGACUACGACCUGUGUGGCACAUGCUACGAGGUUGGGGCCACCAGCACGAGGCACACGCCCGACCAUGCAAUGCAGUGCAUCCUCACCCGCUCGGACUUUGAUUUGUACUACGGCGGUGAGGCAGUCUCCGUGGAGCAGCCCCAGUCCUUCACAUGUCCCAUCUGUGGCAAGAUGGGCUUCACGGAGAUGACCCUGCAGGAGCAUGUGGCAGCAGAGCACACGGACGCCUCUUCUGAAGUGGUGUGUCCAGUGUGCGCCGCCCUUCCCGGUGGGGAACCCAACCAUGUGACAGAAGACUUUGCUGCCCACCUCAGCUUAGAGCACAGGAGUAACAGGGAACUUGAUGAACCGUCGGGGUCGAGGCAUGUGCGGCGGAUCCCGCACCCUGCAGGUCGCGGCAUGAGCAGUGCCCGGGCCAGACGUUCGCAGAUGCAGUUUUCGUCGACGGGAGGGCUGUCGGCCCUGUCGCCUAGCAACCGGGACUCCAUGGACCCGAUUGCAGAGCUGCUGUCGCAGCUGUCUUCGGGGGUGCGGCGCACAGCGACUCUGGCGCAGCCGAGCACGACGUCUCAGAUCCAGCAGCUUCAGAUGCAGUUGCAGCUGGAGCGGCAGCAGGCGCAGGCGGCGAGGCAGCAGCUGGAGCGACUUCCUCGGCGUCAGGCCCACCUAGCACCCAGCACUCAGGCGGCUCCAACCACCACGGGCCCCUCCCUGCACGCGCACUGCCCGCCGACGCUGGAGCCACCCGCCGUUCACUUCUUGCUCUCGAGGUGCGUGGAGUUGUGCUUGCAGGAUGCAGAUCAGCAGGCCCUGGAGUUGGAGCGUGCCGACCGGAGCCUGUUUGCUCAGGAGCUGCUGCUCACGACGUUGUCCGAGCAAGUGGACCAGAAGCAGCAGCACCUUUGGACGCCGCACGACAAUGCCUGGUGGGGAGUGCCGGCCCAAGCGCUGGCUCUGGGCUGGUCGGUGGGCAACGGUCCGAGCUCCAGUGCGGAGCUCUCCUCAAGCACCACACCGACCCCUGCCGCCGGGCCGGCCUUGGCCGCCCCGCCGGCCUCGGCCGCCACGCCGGCUCCGUCCACCGGGCCGGCCCAGGAGACGGCCUGUCGAGCGCAGCAGCCGUCCAGGGCAUCGCGCAACGCCACGAACGAGCAGCACAGGGCGGGCUCGAGGGAGGGCCGGCUAUCGCCGUCGCGCAGAAAAGUGGUGCGAGUGUUGGACGAGCGGAACAGGCUGGGCGAGCCGCCGCACUGAGUCCCGGAUGACGUGGAGUGCUUGGGUGGCCGGACAGGGCCGGCUGUGGGUCGCUCGGAUGGGCGGGUCUUGGGGUGGCCCAGACUAUGCCUUGCGGGCGCGCGAUAUUUAUUCUUUCUGCAGAGUGCACAACCCUCGGAUAGUGUACCUAGCUGACCGGCUUACAACAAUAAAGCGGUUUUGACAGAGGUGCACUUUAUCCACACUACCGGUGCUCCUUGGCAGGCCGAAGCUGACUUUCUGCAGCUGCCCCUGCUGCGGUGGUAAGCUUGUGGAAAGUUUGUGUGGAUUUUAGGGCCAUUUGCAUCGACGCUGCAACUCGUGGCUUGCCGAACUUCCAUUCUAGCUUCGGCAUUUUGGAUUUCGGGUUCCACUGCUGCGUAAAUUGCAAACCAGUCUCGUUGUUCAAAUUAUUUGAUGCCAUUGCUGCCGCUGCACAUAUGCAUUGUACAACUCUUGUGCUGCACAGACUUGUCCCUUCUCCCGAGGGGACAGAUCUUUGCACACUGGCAGAUUUGACGACAAUGACACUAGGAAGUUUUGACAUUAAGUCUUUCAUGCGCAGUAAUGCUGCACUGCUUCUAGUAAUAUUGCUGCGACCCAGCAUGUUUUUUGUCUACAUGUUCCGAGAGUGUGUGGAUAAUUGUUUUAUCCCCGGCAUGGUUGCGACUGACCCCCGGUACACUGGGGCAUUGCUCUUGCAAACGAACAGUAAAGUCCUCUUUAUUUGAAA